AUGCCGUUAUGCGGUCGCCAAAAAGUCGUCCAGCGCAAGAUGGUGCUGCUGGGCGACGGUGCCUGUGGCAAGACGUCGGCGCUGAAUGUUUUCACAAGAGGAUUUUUCCCCACUGUCUAUGAGCCUACGGUCUUUGAAAAUUAUGUCCAUGAUAUCUUCGUGGACAAUGUACACAUGGAACUCUCCCUGUGGGAUACAGCGGGACAGGAGGAAUUCGAUCGGUUACGGGCACUGUCCUACGAGGACACGCAUGUCUUGAUGUUGUGCUUUAGUGUCGACAGCCCCGACUCCUUCGAGAACGUCGGUUCCAAAUGGAUCGCUGAGAUCAAUGAGAAUUGUCCCGGUGUCAAGGUCGUUCUGACUGCGCUGAAAUGCGACUUGAGAAAGGACGAGGAGAUGAAUGACAAUCCCAACGCAAUCACCUUCGAACAGGGCCUGGCCAAGGCCAAAGAGAUCGGGGCAGUGAAAUAUCUAGAAUGCUCGGCCGUCCAAAAUCGCGGCAUUCGAGAGAGCUUUUAUGAGGCUGCCAAGGUUGCUCUCGAGGUGAAACCCGUGGGCGGAAACAAUUCAGGCUCAUCGUGUGUGAUCCUAUAA